AUCCCAAAACAGGAGAAAAAAAUACUAGUUAACAUAGCUGUGUGUGAAUUUUCAAAGACGCGAUAUAGAGAGAAAAUAGUAGAUGAAUCAGCUAUUCAAGCAAACAUGUGACAUACAACAACCCUGACAUCAGUUUGGCGACGUUAAUGUCUCAAAAUAAAUAAAAUAAUUAUUAAAGUAAAAAUAAAAACCCAGCGCAUGUUCCCAAACAAAACAGGCCACGACACACAUACACGCUUAUUUGAUUUUUUUUUACUAUUUGGUUAUUCUAUUUAAUAGAUUGCACUUUCAAUACAACAGAUACAGUGUUUUAUGCUUGGUUGAGCGGAGUUUUACAUAAUUUUGGCUAGCAGGCGUCUCCGAACGCGUGGGCUUUCGAAACUGAAUUUUUUUGCGAAGAAAUCGUUUCAGUUGAUUCGAAAGUUUGAGUCUCGCGAUACUUUGAUAGUCACAUCAUAACCCCCCCCCCCCUGCCUGCCUUGAAACCGGCACUGAUGAGUUUAAAUCCAGGAAAAAACAACACGCCAGAUUUUUAGAUUCAUCUCUACAACACAAUUUUGUCUGAGAGUAACGCUGCACAUUUAAUGGAGGACUGUUUCCUGAUCCCAGAAGAGUAGAUUACAAUGCCGACUGUUCUCUGUCUGUGCCUGCUGUUUUUCCUGCCGUCUGGCCUGUCUGGUGAACACUUCAGUUAUUCAUCUUUGACGGGACCGCUGGGCGGCAGUAUCACUCUGCCGUGUAAUUACAGCGACGCAGAGGAUUUAUCCACUGUUCUGACAUGUGGGAUCCAAACUGCUUAUGGUACUGGUCAGAGUAAAUACUACGAGCGCCGCGUGCUCAAGACUGGCACCUGUGACCUCACUCUGCACGACUUGAAGACCACCGAUGCUGGCAGAUGCCAUUUAAAAGGUUAUGUCAACGAUCAACUACUAAGAAGCUACAUUUUUGACAUCUCUAUUGAUGUUCCUUUAACAGCACGUAUAGGUGAAGAGGUGAUGUUUGAUGAUCUGCCGCGUGAUGCUGAGAGCGUCAAGCAUUUAUCAAACACCAGCUCGAUAGAUGUGUGGAGGAGAGAGCAGGGUGUCCUGACUGAUCGACUGAUGGACAAGGAUGGUCACCUGAUCAUUAAAAACUUCAGAUCAAGAGACGCUGGAACAUACAGAGUCCUGAACUCAACAGGAGGAGUCCUGGUCACUGUGAUGCUCACAGAGUGGAGUACAGCAUCAAAGGACAAACAGGACAGCACACGUGAUGAUAACACUAAAGUCACGGCACGAGAUCAUGUUUGUACUUGGAUUGUGAUUGGUCUUGUGGGGGCUCUGAUUGCAUUAAUUGUCAUAACACAUCAAUAUCUGAAAAGGACUAAGGAACGUGAUUCCUCUCUAGAGUCUGAAACUGUACAGGAGCCCAGAUCACCCAAUGAUCACCUUACUUUAGCAAUGAGUUCACCUUCAGUGCCAACAGAUCUGCAGAGCUGCAUAUCCUGCAGUAUUCACACUGGAAGCGUUUCUACAGCAUCACCACAGCAGCAUAUGCUGACCCAUACUCAGAAUUCGUGCUCUGCAUUUAACCCAUGCAAAGUGCACACACACACUGUGAACACACACACACUGUGAACACACACCCAGAGCACUGGGCAUCAUUUAUGCUGCGGC